CCCAUGAACCUCUGCUUCCCUCGCCAGCAGGGACGCGCGCUCUCGACCCAGGAGUCCUUGCGCGGCCCGGCAGAGCGGACACCCGGGACUCCAAGAUGGCGUCAGUCGUACCACUGAAGGAGAAGAAGCUCAUGGAUGUGAAACUAGGAGAGCUGCCCAGCUGGAUACUGAUGCGGGAUUUCACCCCUAAGGGCAUUGCUGGAGCAUUUCAAAGAGGUUACUACCGGUAUUACAACAAGUAUGUCAAUGUGAAGAAAGGGGGCGUUGCUGGGAUUUCUAUGGUGCUGGCAGCUUAUGUGCUUUUCAACUACUGUCGUUGUUACAAGGAACUCAGCCCCGUGUUCUCAAGUCAGCCUGAUCUGUGGGUGUGACUGCAUGGAUGAGUGGCCCAUGUAGCUGCCAGCUGGCCCUAACACUGAAGAGAUGAGCAGAGGGAAGCACUGACCGGGCCCCUGCUCACAGCACCUGGCAUGUCCAUCGUCCUCCACAGCUGAUCCUGGAGAACCCAGGAUUCCCACAAGGUGCCUAUAAUGUUGACUAUGAAGUGCGCGUGGUGAGAAGAGGUUGGUUAGGUUCCGGC